AUGGAUGGGCGUCGACAUUCCGUUGACAUUCCUAUCUCAAAAACCUUGAUAGCUCUUCGGAGAGUGAGAUCGCUUAGAGACCCAUCCACUAACUCACUAAGCAGAUUGUCGGCUUUUGUUGACAAUUUGAAUUGGGAAACAAAUUCUACUAAUGGGAUUGUUCUUGAACAAGUAAAUAAUUGUCUCCAUGAAACUGGCAUCUCUGAACUGAAUGAUUUGGGAUUAUUUGGGCAGAAUGAGCAUAAUUUUUUUAAUUGUGAGAUGUAUCAUGGAGAAAGUACACAUAAACGUAACCCGGGAUUGUGUAAGAAUCCAGCUUGGAGAGCCUCUUCUCCAGUAAGGGAUAUGAAGGUUGAUGAAUCAGGUUUACUUGUAUCAAAUCAAGUACCUUUCUGUGAAAAUAAAUUACUUAGCGAGAGAUAUCAUAGUAAUAAUUACAAGGAUUUGCCGUGCAUGAUGCCUACAAGUGAUUAUAUGGAGGGUGCGGGUUCAUGCAAUGAAUCAGUUGAGGUGUUCAUAGAAGCAGAAAGACAAGAUUAUAAUGGAUAUAAAAGAAGAUCAAGGCGUAGAAAACACAUUAGAUCAUCUAAAGUUGUAGGAGGCGAUAUCUUGAGCUGUGUAAGCAGUCCAUGCUUAUCCAUGAGUGAUGCUUCAUUUGGGGGGUCGAGUUCUAGGACACCAUUAUAUGAGAAUGAUGAUAUUGAUCAUGUGGAUACUGAUCAUGGUGGGUGUGGUAUUGGAACCUGCUGGUCGAGUACUCCUAAGUUUCGGGGGUUGAACUCUAACACCUCCUCUGAUAAAGGUGAACAAGCCUUGCUAAUAAGGGAAGCUGGCGUAUCUAAACACUAUGGUAGUGAAACCACUCCAUUUUCUGAAAGUCCCAGGAAUCUAAGUCAGAGAUUUAGGCCAAAGUCCUUUAAUGAGUUGGUAGGACAAAACGUGGUUACAGAAUCUCUUCUCAGUACAAUCUCGAGUCAGAUAAUUACUUCCUUCUAUCUCUUCCAUGGUCCCCGUGGAACUGGUAAGACAUCUGCAGCAAGAAUUUUUGCUGCUGCUUUGAAUUGUUUAUCACUCGAAGACAACAAACCAUGUGGGCAGUGCCAAGAAUGCACAUUGUUUUUUGCUGGAAGGAGCCGAGAUGUUAAGGAGGUAGAUUCAGUUGGUAUAAAUCAGGCGGAAAAUCUUAGAUACCUUAUCAAGAAUGCCAUGCUCCCUCCAGUUUCUUCUAGUUUUAAAGUUUUCAUCAUUGAUGAAUGUCAGCAAAUGCAAGCCUCAACAUGGGCUGCUCUUGUUAAUAGCCUUGAAGAAGUAUCUCGUCACAUUGUUUUUGUAAUGAUCACUCCUGACCUCAGCAAGCUGCCAAGAAGUGCCGUAACCAGGUCUCAAAGAUUCCAUUUUCCUAAGAUUAGUGAAGCAGAUAUUGUUCACAGAUUGGAGAAAAUUUGCAUAGAAGAAGGGUUCGACUAUGACCAAGUUGCUUUAGAUUUCAUUGCCGCAAGAUCUAAUGGAUCACUCCGGGACUCGGAGAUGACUCUAGAGCAGCUGAGUUUGCUGGGGAAAAAAAUAACCUUGCCGUUGACCUAUGAAUUAAUUGGUAUUGUUUCUGAUGAUGAGCUGCUUGAGUUACUGGCUAUGGCCUUGUCAUCUGACACUUCAAAUACAGUUAAAAGGGCCAGGGAGCUGAUGAGAUCAAGAAUUGAUCCUAUGCAACUUAUAUCACAAUUAGCAAAUAUCAUAAUGGAUAUUCUUGCUGGGAAAUUUCAGGAAGGUGCUUCUGAGGUUAAAAGACAGUUUUUUGAAAGACAUACUUCUGAAGCCGACUUGCAGCAGCUUAAUAACGCUCUGAAAAUACUUUCUGAAACUGAGAAACAACUGAGAGCAUCUAAGAACCAGACAACCUGGCUCACUGUUGCUUUAUUACAGUUGAGCUCUGCACCAUCCUUCAAUGCCAACAGUUCAAGUUUGUGUGUAAGAACAGUAGACCCAAGAGAUAGUGGUGGUUUUUGCCGCUUUUCUUCUGCUAGUGAGAGCCUAAAACAUUUGUUGCCGUCUCAAUCUGACCACAAUACUGGAUGUAAAUCAGAAAAACUUAAAGACAAAGUGGCACUGGAGUCAAUAUGGAGUAGAGCAACAGAAAUAUGCAAAUCUAUUUCACUUGGGAACUUCCUUCGAAGGCAUGGGAGUUUAGCUUCUGUUUGUAUUCACCAAGGACUGGCUGUAGUUGAACUCGAAUUCCAGCAUCCCAAUUAUGCAUCUAAAGCCGAGAAGUCAUGGAAACUGAUAGCAAGUGCAUUACAGGCUGCAUUGGGCAGUAAUGUUGAGAUCAGGAUCUGCCAUUCAAAUUAUUUUAAUCCAAAAGUUAAGAAGUCCUCAUUCAGCUUAUUCAGUUGUGGCCGAGGAAAUAAGCUGUCUCACCAGAACGGUGGCAAUUUGUCUGAAAAUUUUAAUGAUCAAAUGAGAGUGAAUAAUAGAUCUCUUGAUACUAUGUCCUCUGAUGGUGGAUCUUGUGGUUCACAUACUUGUCGUCACAAAAAAGAAGAACCAGCAAGAACGAUAAGAAAUAGUGAUGGAAAUGCACUAAGUAUCGACUUUAAUGGUCAAGAUCAUGGGGAGCAGCCGUGUUGUUUCCCUAGAAGUGUCAAACCUCAGACCAAGAUUCGCUCGUUAGAUACCUCUAUGACCAGUGAAGCUGACAACAAUCUUGCUUUACCUGUUUCUGGAUCUAAAACAUGCUGUUGCACCAAUGAUGCUUACGUCAUCUGCGGCUUCUGCAAAAAGUUUCCCUGCUGCAAUGGGGUUGAAAGGCAGAAAAAGGACUCGAAGGUGCAUUGUUGGAAAUCUCCGAUGCUUCCGUUGAAGAAGGCAUGGCAGCUGAGGGUUAGACAACAAGGAGCAUAGGAAGAUUGUGUGGUUAUAAUAGAUGAAUUAUGAAGAUGUAAGUAUAAAGUAAAGCAUACAAGACUUGAUGAUAAAUAUUGGUGCUUAAUGAUCACGAGACUUGUUUCAGCACCAUAUGUAUGUGUCUUAUUUAAGAAGGCUGA